UUGCAUUUAAUUCAUUUCUAUCAGUUUUUCUGUUGCGACUUGUUGACUAUACUUAUAUCAGCAAUUCAAUGUCAAAAUUUUGUAUUCUAUUAACUUUUGUAAGCAUUUAUUGCUUAUCCAUUGCACCAAUAUCAGUUCAAGGAAUACAAUGUUACUCAUGUCGAGGCAUAAAUUGUUUAAGGACAACCAUACAAACUAAAUUUGAAACAUGUGAAGAUAAUUUGGAUAGUUGCGCUAUAAUUUUUGAUAAAUUUGCCGUUGUUGCAAAAGGAUGUUUAAUGAAUAUUCCAGUUGAGCUGCGAAAGAAAUGCAAUAGCACAAAUAACCCUGAAUGUCAAGUCUGCACUGGAGGCUUAUGCAAUAAUAAGGGACGUAUUGAUUUCAAAUGUUAUCAAUGCGAUGAAAGAAACCAAGAUGGAAAAAAAUGCGCCAGUAAUCUGAACGCAUUAAAUCCAACGCAGUGUCCAAUGCCAACGGCUCCAAAUUCCUACUGCUACACCAAAUCGUACAAGGGUGCUACCGUGCGAGGAUGUUCCUUGCAUGUGAAGGAUCAACUUGAGUGUCUAGCAGAUGACGCAUGUUCAUUGUGCUUAGCAGAAGAUGGAGAAGGCUGUAAUUCAAGACAAACGACUGCUUCUGGAGUUAGUAAGAUAUCAUUGUCUGGACUUGCAAUGGUUUUAUUCAUUGCAUCAAUCACACGAGCAGUUUUUUAGUUUUGUUAAAUAUAUUUAAUUUUAAAUUUGUUCACUUAAAAUUAACUUUUUCUUCUGUUCGAAAAUUCUCUGAAAAUCAUGGACAAAAAGUUUGACUUUUGAACUAGCAUGUUAGUAAAUUCAUACCAACUUAAAAAAAAAUAAAAUUAAUUUUAAAAUUCCACUUCUGAA